GUAACCUUCGACGAGGCGGCUGAAAUAUACGGAUUGAUGUCGUUUGCCCUCUUAAAGAAAGCCUUUGGCAUUGGAAAAUCAAUCGACGAUCGAGAGUUUGAUGAGUUUCUAAAAGCAGUUGACAGCAAUGAUGUGCAUGUUGGGCAAUUAACUAAAUUGCUUCGAAAGAAAGCAGUCCGGUUGUUUGUUUUGAAGAAUGAAGACUCAGGUGUCAUAUUUGAUUCUUCAGCACAAAAGGAUCCUGUGAAAUCCAUACCAACUAUUAGUGUUGGUCGUCAGCAGUUGAACCUCAGUGAUAUGGCGUUUGGGUCUUAUUCUUUAAAUAACAAAAAGCCACUCUUGCAUUCAAUGAAAAUUCAUGAUAUGAGUUCCAUUGGACAGGUUCUAUUCACUCGGGUUUUCAACGAAUUCGAUGAGUGGCGAAGUCUGUGUCCAAAAGGUGAAACUAACCAGUGGACCAAACAGGACAUAUCUAUUGGGCAUUCCGAUUCGUUAAAGAAACAUAAUUUAAGAAGCUAUAAAACCUUGGCAGUUUGCUUGCUAAUCAACUUGGAAUGGUGUUCACCUACUAAUGGGUUGUGUACUGGUAAAGCAUAUCCACAAAAAUCACACAGCCGUCGAAAUUUUUAUCAUCUGUUCAACACUGAUCUUCCCCACCAUGGCCAACCAGUUCCUCAGUCAUCUACGGAUACUAGUUUGAAGAUAUCGACAUUUACCUCAAGACGCUUCUAUAAUAUGCUCUUUGAACACUGGACACAGUUAAGCCUUCUGAUAGAGACAUUGUCAAACGAAUGUGCAGCAGCCGUAAGUAACAACGGUAUGAGUUGCUGGGGUGCACACAAACUUGUGCCAGACAUGCACUGUACAGAAAUCAUUGCAAAAGCUUUCAACAAAUUUUUGAAUUAUUUCCGGGAUCUGUGCUUGCCGAAACUAUCUUUUCCAAUUUGGCCUACGUUAAAUGUCGCAUUAUCUACCGAUUUUGAUUCGUUGCCACUUUGCUUUGAUCGGUCACGAGCUGAUUGUGUUGCUAAUUGGCUUAACAUUGACCCUAGCUAUUCUCAGACAAUGAUUGUCGAUUUCAAUCAAUAUCCCAAAGAUAACCUGGUCGAUGUGUUCGUCAGGUCCUGUCUGGCACCUUUAAUUAUUAAAGGUAAUAGUAAAGAACAUCGAAGCUUCCUUGCUCGGUUGAUUACUGGUAUUCUCAUGUUUCAUACUGGUUGGAUCGAUGGCUCAGGAUCACGUGUAAAUUCGGGGGUUAGCUGUAGCAGUUCAUCGAUAUCAAAUAACCAGAAUAUGCCCGUCAGUUUACUGGAUCAGCUACUGACACAAACAGGUUUCAAGACCAUGGGGACAGAUUCAGUAUCGUGUGGAAGUAUAUUCAACUGCACUGUAAUAUCUGGCCAGUCUCGUGCUUAUUUAGUGGCUCUUCUUCACUUCGCUACAUAUUUCUUGAGAUUCAUGUGCUUGAUUCAUACACAGGAGUGUCUGCCAGAACUUGGACCAGCUGAUCUGUUUGAAUUAGAACAACAGAAACGACGGACUCGGUUAGGUGCUAAGUCUCGUCGUAAGUCUGGGUCGGCAACCAGUAAUAACUCAACUGGUCACAGUGGUGAUGCACAUGAUUCUGGUAUCAGCUCCCAGGAAGAUUUGACUUCUUCAUUUUAUUCAGCAAGUACAGGAUCAUCUCCUACACACGUUUCUGGUAUGGCGUUAUGCAUGACCCAUCGACUGACUCGUGACCAAUGUCGAAUGGCGGAAGUAGCUGCCCAUUUUAUGGUUACUCGAGAGGCUGCAGCAGCGGCAGCAGCAGCAGCAGGUCCAACUAAUUCUCAAAUUCCUGGUGGUACAACACGUUCAACUGACAUGUCGUCUGGAUUAGUAGACGGUGGCAGCGCUGUUAGUAAACCCUAUCCGUCUAAUAACUCACCUCGUUCCUAUCGAUCUCGGUAUACUGAAGUUCCUUUGUUAAUAGAAAAAUUCUUUGAUGGUGAUGAAGAGUUGUGCAGUUGUUUACCGAUUGAAGUCAUUCCAGAUUCUGGUAAUCAUUCUAGUUCCUUGGCAUUGCCACCGAGGAGUAGCAGCAGUCCAACUUCACCGUAUAAUACGUUAGAUAAUUUUAAAACUCACUGUUUACCAAUUUGUUCACAGUCUGCAGAUCGUUCAUCAAAGCAUUCGUAUUCGUCGCAAUCAAGUGAUCGUGAUACACGGUUUUCAUCAUCCAGAGUAGGGGAUGUGUCUAAUGUCUUUAAUAAUGACAAUAUGUCACCAUCGUCAUCGAUAUAUCAUACUGAAGAAGAGUUAUCACAUACUGUCAACCCUGUAAAUCAUUCUUUGUUGCCAACACUUGCGAAUCAUUCACUAAUCUCUGGGACUGUUACUGAUAUGUACCAUAGUGGUCAUGUAUUACAAGCAACUGUUGAACACCCGGAAAGUUUUAAAUCACGUUUAGAAGAAAACUUACUUCAAUGGAUUACUUAUGGCCCAGUUAUCAUUAAUGAUUCAAAUGACUUAUCUGUCGGUUGUAGUAACUCCAAUAACAGUACAAAGGCAGAGGAAUCAUCAUUAUUAUCGACACAAAUGAAUCCACCAAUUAAAUCUAGUCUUUUGUAUCAAAAGUCAAGAGGUCAAAUGAAACAACUUAAAUGGUCUGCUACAAGCUUAUUGAUUAAUUGUGAUGCUAAGAGUGUUGAGGCUCUAACACUUAUUCAACCUAAAUCUACAAAUUUGGUUUCGGGCAAUGCACCAGAUGAUGUAAAUCUGAAAUCAACUCAUCAUAACACUAACAGCAUUGCCAAUAGUAAUAGUACUCACGUUAGUCGAGAUCGCAUGAAAAUAAAGUUGAAUGAGACAGAACCCUUUGUGCAGCAAUCAGUCCUAACAACAACACCAAUGUGUAAACUUAGCUCAUCUAUUAUUCGACGUAUUAUAUCAAUCAAACCGGCUCCUUUGGUAUUUCGUCUUAUCGAACAAAUUCAUACGGUGUUAGAUGCAACAAAUUGUUCACUGAUGACGCUGAAACAUCUGGAGUGUAAUUUGCAAUUAAUUUAUCUUAAAAGUUCAAUACUGACGAAUUUGUUAAUCAGUGAAGGCUCAAAUACACUUCACCGAGUCGAUCGAAUGACCAUUGCUGCAGGUUGCUUACCGGAAGAUCUUCCUUUAUUGCUAUCCAUUGCAUCAUCUUGUUCUGCACAGGUUGCAAAUAUUCUACAUUCUAGUCAUUUCGAUUGGAUGAAUAUGUGAUGAUCUCCAUAAUACAAUGAGCUUUUAGAGUAAUUGAUUAUUACUUCUUCAGUUUUCCUUCAGUAUGUAAUAUUUAUCAGAAGUUGUUGAUUACUUAACGUUACAGUCAUGUAAUUUAAUUCUCUUAAUUAAAAACAUACUUCAACACACUAGAUCAGCUUUUAGAUGACCACUAAUUUUCUCUAGUUGAUCAUUUAAUGGUGUUGUGUAAACUCAUAAGUUUGUAUCCCUACUUUUGUUAAUUUCAGUAUUUUAAAUACCCUUGUACAGAUCCUUUUUUUCCUUAAAUAACUCAUUGCUGUGAAUUUAUUUGUUUUCG